CUUGACAAUGGCCCUUGGUGUUAUGGCUCUAGGGUCCUUGUGCUUCUUAUCACAUGCGCAAACAGCACUUCCAGUCCUGGGCAGCAACUAAGAAGGUGUUGUUCUCCUUGAUAGGAGACAAACCUUCUGCCCAAAUUGGGCUCAGCCUUCACAAGAAGCAGUUAGCUAAUGACGGGAAACUCUUUGGGACCAGGCUUCGCCUAAGAAUUGUGACCACAGCAAACUUUCUGGCCAAGAACGUGAGGAACAGUGACUUCUGGACAGAGUGCAAAAAGCUGACAUAUGCACAAAGAUGUGGCCUAGCAAGGUAAGGCCAGAGAUGAACAUGAAAGACAAACUUCAUAGAGUGAAAGUCUAUGCCAUGUUAGAAGACAAGCAGUGGAAAGACAUAGGUACAGGACAAAUUUCAUCAAAAUUCAUCAAACUCCAGGGUAUGUGCCUGUUUGUUCACUCAGAAUCAGAUGGCUCACCAAUUAUGGAGUGUAAGAUACAUCCUAACGUGCCCUUUAAGAAACAACAAGGAGAGGUAAUCAUUUGGUUUGAAGCUAAGAACCGAGGAAUGGCAAUACAUUUCCAGGACCCAAAUGGUUGUGAAGAGAUCUGGAAAGAUAUCUGCCAAGUUCAAGGAAAAGAUCCAAAUGUAGAAAUCACACAAGAACUUACUGAUGAUGUAGAAAAUUUUGAAAAUCUGCCACUGAACUGGGAUCAGAUUGAGAUGUUAAAUUAUAAAUUCCCUACACUCAAAAACAUGGCAAAUUUACUUACUAUUAUUGGUGAAAUGCCAAGGCUCAAGGAAAGACUGGUGCUGGUCUUAGAAAAUGAAAGUUACAUUAAAAAAUUGCUACAGCUGUUCAACACUUGUGAAACAAAGUUGAACAUAGAAGGCUUGCACUAUUUGAAUAGUGUCAUUAAAGGAAUACUAUUUCUAAAUGAUACACGGUUGUUUAAAAUCAUGUGUUCUGAUGAAUUUUUUAUGGAUGUGGUAGGAUGCCUCGAAUAUGGCCCUGAUUUGAAUCAGCCAAAACGGCACAGGGAAUUCUUGACUCAAAAUGUGAAAUUUAAGGAAGUUAUUCCAAUAACCCAAACCCAACUUAGGCAAAAAAUACAACAGACCUACAGAUUGCAAUAUGUUCAUGAUAUUAUGUUGCCUACCCCAUCCAUGUUUCAAGCAAAUCUUCUUUCCGAUCUUACCACUAUGAUUUUUUUCAAUAAAAUUGAAAUAAUUACCAUGCUGCAAGAAGAUGAAAAAUUUUUGCUCGAAGUUUUUACUCAGUUAAAAGAUAACACUGUAGGUGAUGAUAGAAGGUAUGAGUUGUUAUUAUUCUUCAAGGAAUUUUGUGUAUUUGCUAAGACAUUACAGUCUCAAGACAAAAAUGCAUUGCUAAAAACACUGAUAAGGUUAGGAAUCAUGAAUACUCUGAAAGUUGUAGUGCACAUGAAUGAUAAUCAAAUACAAAUAGCUGCUCUAGAUAUAUUUGCUUAUCUAGUAGAAUAUAAUCCUCGCAUAGUACAAGCUUAUGCAAUGGAAGAAGCUCAGAACAGUGAAAAUAAUGAUGAUCUUCUCAUUAAUAUAAUGAUCAAAAGAAUGAUCUGUGAUUCUGAUCCUGAAUUUUCACGAGGCAUCAUUUUGCCAGCAGUUCUUCAUGCUCUUCUUGAUCCAGAAAAUAUGCAUGUCACAGCUAAUGGAUGUGAAAGAAAGGGAUUUUUGAAUUUCUUCUAUACACAUUGCAUGAAUACUCUCAUAGCACCAAUUUUGUCUACCACAGUACAAAAUUACAGUGAUGAAAAUAGGGCUAAUAUCUGCCCUGAUAAUUAUCAAAAUGCACAAUUACUUGAAGUAAUUUUAGAAAUACUAACAUUUUGUGUACAAUGCCACUCAAUGUACAUAAAAAAUUAUAUUUUAACCAACAAUUUACUCAGCAGAAUUUUGGUGCUCAUGAGUUCAAAGCAUACUUUUCUGAUUUUGUGUGCUCUCCGGUUUAUGAGAAAGAUGAUUGGCCUUAAAGAUGAAAUGUAUAAUCUUUACAUAAUUAAGCAAAACCUGUUUGAACCAGUUGUACGUACUUUUAUGCAUAAUGGACCUCAGUACAAUAUGUUAAAUUCAGCUAUUAUUGAGCUAUUUGAAUUUAUAAGACAAGAAAAUAUCAAGUCUCUCAUUGCAAACAUUGUGGAAAAUUUUUUUACUGCUUUUGAAUCAGUUGAGUAUGUUCAGACCUUUAAAGGUUUGAAGACUAAAUAUGAAGAAGAGAAGAAGAGAGAAAGUCGAAUACAAAGGUAUUUACAUAAUAUGAUAUACCAGAAAAUAUGUUGUAGACAUAUCCAAGUUAUGGAGGUAAAAGUCAAGGCAGACAUAUGUUGUAGAGGAAUAACAGAAGAAAAAGAAGAAGAAAAAGAAGAAGGAGGAGGAGGAGGAGGAGGAGGAGGAGGAGGAGGAGGAGGAGGAGCUAUUGUACCAAUGGGAACUGACUUUCCAAAUCAUUAUGAAUUAUUUAUGAAAAUUAAAGAGACAAAUGAAAGAGAAAAUGAAAUAGAAUGCCCAAAGAGAAAAUUAUCUGAAGUCUCCAAAUGUUCUUCAUAUGAAAGUGAUGAUUCUGACAACGGAAUGAGUAGAGUUCACUGUAGUAGCCUUGUUCCUUUAGUGGAUUACCCAUAUGAUACUGAUGGUGACAAUGAUGAUGACCCUUAUGAUAAGGAUGAAAAUGAAGAUGAAGAACCCCCCCAAAAAAGACCGAACCUAAGAUCAUAAAUCAUGUGAGGCCAUUAUCUCUUGGUUCAAAUAAAAUUCUAUAAACAUCACAAAUAUGAAAAAUCUAAUUAAAUUCUUUCUUCCAUGGAGUUUUAGAUAUGGUAGAAUAUGGAGCAAAAUAAUGAACAAGAGGCCUCAAUUUUAUAUAAAGAAAACCUCCCAUAUAUGCAUAGGAUAAAGUAAACAGCAAAUGAGUCAUAACUUCUUAUUGAGAACCUCUUACUUCAGCAUGAUUGGGAGGAGGAAGUUUGAUAAAAUAAUACAUAUUAGAAGCAACUACAAAGGUUUUAUUGUAAAGCCUACUUUCAAAUAAAGGGUCUAGCAUGGGCAUUUUUUAAUAAAUUGAAGUUUAUUUCAAGUGUCUUUUGUUUCUAUGGAAGACAAAGUCAUAUUAAAGUAAAAAUAAAGUGAGACUUUUCAAUAUUUCCGUGAAAAUUCAACAGAACGUCAGCAUUAUGAAUGAUAAUAGGGAAAUAGCAUUGAGUGCAAUUCAGUACAAUUUUUGUGAAUAAAUUGCUAAGAAUACUAAAGAAACUGUUGAUAUAUAUAUAUGUCAAGAAGUGUGUCUCAUAAGUGUAGAUUGUGUUAAUUAUUGACUAUCACUAAUUAACCAACCCUUUUACUCAUUAGCACCCAAGUAUAUAAUUAUUUAGGCAUAACCUUCUACCAUCUCAUACAGAAUUACAAAAAGUACUUAGUCUAAUUGUAAAACACCCUAUAGCAUUUAAUGAUUUCAACACUGCUCAAAAUUGUAAGGACAGAGUUUUUUCAGAAUAUGUCUCUUAACUGUCAGGUAUCAUACCAUAAAACAAAACACAUCAGUAACUUUUUGUGGUUAAAAACACGAGAAAAAUUGUAUAUGAAGGCUAGAGAGAUGGUACAACAGUUAGGAGCACUUCCAUAAGUUUGCAUGUAUAAGUCCAGUCCAUGAGGAAUGUUUACAUCUUUUGCCUGUACUGACUCUUCAUUCAUGUGAAAUACAGAACAUACAUACAGGCAACACACAGACACACACACACGCACACACACACAUGCACACACACACACGCACACACAUACACACACACACACACACACACACACAAACGUGUGUGUAAAAAUUAACUCAUGCUUUUGGCUUAUGGCUCUAGAAGGAUAAACCCAUAAAUGGAAGGGGAGGCAUAACAACAGAUAGACAAAUAGAAAGCUCGUAUUCACAUUUUAUCCAUAUAAAGAAUGAGAAAGAGAGAGAGAGAGAAUGUUCUUUCUUUAGCAAAGCUUUACUUUCUGAUGUUUCCAUACCCUACCCAAACAGUAUCAACAACCAUAGACCAAUUGUUCAAAUACUUGG